AUAUCAGUGUCCAAGGAGAUAACGUGAUGUGACAACUAUACGUAUUAAAGUGGCAGUGGAAUAGUUUUGUGAAAGUGUGCAGCGAGCGUGAGUGAACAGACGGCUGCCGGCGCGGCCGGCGCCCCGUCACAAUGUUGAAUUGCACCGAUUUGGAAUGCAUCCUGCACCACCACCAUUAUUAUGCUCAUCUACACCACAUACAUCACUUGCAAAAUGCGCAGGAAUCAGCAAUGUCGGCCGACCGGUCGACGACUGAUAUUCAUGGCUUACUCAACGAUACUGAAUCCGACCUCACCGGACUAUCACACGUUGAUGCCCCGAAUGAUGCGAAUUACAUGAUCGGAGGUGUAGUGAUUGCCAUGGCCCUCGUUGGGCUCAUAAUUGUGCUGCUGGCUCUCACAAUCAACAAACUGCGCAAGCGUGAGGAGCACUCUGCUUCGGUGCACCCUGCCGAAGCCGUGCUCCAGACCGCGCCGCAAGCAACGCCUGAGCCUCUUGCCUUCCGUCAGCAGCCCCUGUGGCAGUUUCCACCACCGCUGCCUCCGCCUUACGUCUAUCCUCAUGAUCAGGACAACUUGAUGCAGCCAAUAGGUAACGAGCGGGCGAGUUUUCGCAGUCUACGCAAGAACAUCGGCGGUCGUUGGAAGCGACUGGUGAAAAAGAAGCCUGAACAAGAAGUGUACACAAUCCCGCCUGAACUAAAAUCUCAACUCAAGGAAAUAUACGUGUACUAGCCAUUUCUCAAAAAAAAAGUGUACUGAAGCGGGACCUUCUAUGCUGCUUUAAAAUAGACCUCAACCAGGCAUUCUAUGGUUGUAACUUAUUAAUUCAUAUCUUAGUAACUUCAAAAUCAUAUCUGUAAUUGAACAUAAGUUUUAAUCAUCUUAUCAAAGGGCUUUUGCCCACAAUAUCUACACAUAUCUACUCGACCAAUUUUUUUCUAAAAACCAAUGAUAGAUAACCUUAUUUCAUUCAACACUUCAUUGUGAUUUUAAGUCUAGAUGUAUUAAUAAGUAUUAGAACAUUGAAGUUUGAGUGUUGUUCUGUUAUUUUGAUAUUUGAAUGUUGAAUUAUGUGUGAUAGUCAAAUGAAUUAGUUUAAUUUUUAAUUUAAAGUUACGAAUGGAAUUAGGAAAAUGCGGUCGCGCAUAUUAGUGACGAAAAUCCAAUAAUUAUGAUAGAGGAAGCAGAUGCCUUGUAUGUAAUUUUAAUUAAUUAGGGCAUUUCGUAGUUCAUUAACUUAUUCUUGACAUGGUCGUUUCUGUAGUUCAAUAUCGAUCAAAUAGUGUCAUUAAAUAUAUCUUAUUAAUAGACGAAUAUGCUAUUUUAACAACUCGUGAAACUGAUUGAUAAACCUCAUUGUUGAAUGCAGUAUUUUAUAUCUAGCAUUUGAGUUGUGAGCGAGACUGAAACAUUGUUCAAAUUAAUCUGUGUAACGUAACGUUAAAUUGUAAUGGACACUGAUUCAAUUAAUCUUGUACAAUAAACAAUUUCUCCACUGAGAACUUUGUAUGACCUAGUUUAUAAAGUUACGUUACUUGCAUGCUUUGGUAGUGUAAUUUUCAGGUUUUCGCCCGGUCUUUUCCUACUGUGAUAUAAAGUUAAAUUGGAUGAAUAUUGAAUAAAAGUAUUGAUGAUAAAAUGUUGAGUUUUAAAUUCGCCUUGACCUUGUCAAUUAUCAGUAGGAUGGACCGACGGUCGAGAAUUGUGAUAGCUCAUAUUGAGCCUGAUAUUCUGAUGAAUUAAGUUUGUAGCUAAUAGGUACAAUAAACUCAGCCAUGGUUAAUAUAUUUUUCGUUAAAUUUAUCUGUUGCAAAAGAUACAAUAUUCUAUUAAAUGUAUUUUAACAGUGUGCGGUUACUUCUAUAAGUUGUAAUCUAUCAUUACAGAAAAAAAUAAAAUCCAUCACGAUAAUGUUGAAA